AUGGACACUGAGUCGACCCACUCGGGCUACUCCUAUCACUCCAGCCGCUCCGGGAGAUCAAACCGACAUGGGGAUCGAAGCCGUGAGCGGCACAAGGCCAGCAGCAGCAAAGACAGCAGUCGCUCUGAGAGGUCUGUUGUCAUCAACCCCCCCGACACACCAUCCCAGGACUCCCCUGUUCACAAUGGAGAGCCACUGCCCGGAGAACCCACACCAGCGGUAGAUCCUGGCGAUGACGCCCAGGUAUUGAUACUGAAGACAGAUGAUAACUGGGGCGAAACCACCACCGCAGUGACAGGCACCUCAGAGCUGAGUGUUUCCCAGGAGGAAGUGGUUGGACUGGGGAAGGGAAUACAGGACAGGACCCAAGGCUUCCGUCGCUAUCUUCCCCUAGCUGUGGGCUCAUGUGUGGGGCUGCUGGUCCUGGCAACGCCCCUGGUCUUCUUGCUUCUUCCAGCUGUAAUGUGGCCCGACAGACUGCAGGCUUGUGGUGCAGCCUGCGAGGGCCUCUUCCUCUCCAUCUCCUUCAAGCUCCUCAUCCUCCUAGUGGCCAUUUGGGCCUUGUUUCUCCGACCGGGUCGCGCCAGCCUGCCCAGGGUGUGCGUCUACCGUGCCUUCCUCACUACACUCACGCUCCUGCUCACUAUGUCUUAUUGGCUCUUCUAUGGAGUCCGGAUCCUCGAUGCACAGGAUGAGGACUACCAUGGUAUCGUCCAGUUUGCCGUGUCCCUCGUGGACUCCCAGCUGUUUGUCCACUACCUGGCCGUGGUGCUGCUGGAGCUCCGCCAGCUCCAGCCCUGCUACAGCGUGUGUGUCAUCCGCUCCACAGACGGGGAAACACGUCACUACAACAUAGGACAGCUCAGCAUUCAGAGGGCCGCUCUGUCCAUUUUGGAGUAUUACUACAGAGAUUUUCCACUCCAUAACCCAGCACUUCUCUCUGCCUCGAAGCACCGGGCUGCCAAACACCUGGCCGGGUUAAAGGUCUACAACGUGGACGGGGCUCAGCCUGGUAAUGGGAAUCAGUCACGGGCGAUGGUUACAGCUGCCGCCAAACGCAAAGACAGCGCCCACAAUGAGCUGUACUACGAGGAGGCCGACUACGAGAGAAGAGUCCGCAAACGUAGAGCCAGGCUUGUGGUGGCUGUAGAAGAGGCCUUCACUCAUGUCCGGCGGAUGAAGAAAGAGGAUGAGCGUGCGGCCCCCUCUGACAUUAUGGAUGUUCGUGAAGCUGCUCUGGCAAUAUUUCCCUCUAUGGCACGUGCCCUGCAGAAGUACCUCCGCACAACCAGGAGGCAGCACUGCCACAGCAUGGAGAGCAUCCAGAAACACUUGGCUUUCUGCCUCGUCAAUAACAUGAGCCCAAAGGCCUUCCUCGAGGCCUACCUGGCCCCUGGUCCCACCCUGCAGUACGGCCCCGAGCGCUGGAUGGCUGAUCAGUGGACUUUGGUCAGCGAGGCUUCUGUCACCAAUGGCGUAAAGGAGGGGUCAGAGUUCCUGCUGAGGUGUCUGGACUUUAGCUUAGCCGUUACCGUCAAGAGCAUCCCUUACAUCCGACUGACUGAGGAGUACAUCGACCCCAAGUCGCAUAAGUUUAUACUGCUGCUUCAAUCAGAAACCUCAGUUUAAC